CACUCGUUUCUUCUUCGUCUUCGGCUCCUCCUUUCUUAUUAUUGACAUCUUCACCUUCUGAACAGAAAUCAGGAUCCAUCCGCCAUUGAAGAAGAUGGCCAUGAUGCUCGUCGACUGCUCCCACUGCCGCACUCCUCUCCACCUCCCUCGCGGCGCCACUCGCAUCCGCUGCUCCCUCUGCCACGCCUUCACCCUCGUCGCUCCCCAUCCGCGUGGCUUCCACGAGCCUCCUUCCCCUUUCCCACCUCACGCGCCUCCUCCCCAUGUUUCUCCUUUCACACCUCAUGCGCCUGAUCCGGCGGUUUCUCCGUUCAACCACGCGCCGCCGGGCCCACCGCCGGCGGCUCACGGGAAUAAGCGGGCGGUGAUCGUCGGGGUUACGUAUAAGAAUACGGAGAGCGAGUUGAAAGGCUGCAUCAACGACGCCAAGUGCAUGAAGUUCAUGCUGAUGAGGCGCUUUAGCUUUCCAGAAUCUUGCAUUCUCAUGCUCACCGAAGAAGAAUCGGAUCCAUGGAGAUGGCCGACGAAGAACAACAUAAGAAUGGCGAUGCAAUGGCUAGUCCGAGGCUGCCAGCCGGGAGACUCUCUGGUCUUCCACUUCUCCGGCCAUGGAAACAACCAGAGGAACUUUUCCGGCGACGAGAUAGACGGUUUCGACGAAACCCUUCUUCCCAUGGAUCAUCACACAUCCGGAGUCAUAGUGGACGACGAGAUCAAUGCCACGCUCGUACGGCCUCUCCCCUACGGUGUGAAGCUCCACGCCAUUGUCGACGCUUGCCACAGCGGCACCGUCCUGGAUUUGCCUUUUCUCUGCAGGAUGGACAGGAUGGGAAACUACGAAUGGGAGGAUCAUAGGCCUCCGAACGGGACGUGGAAAGGGACGAGCGGAGGGGAAGUCUUCUCCUUCACUGGCUGCGACGACGACCAGACCUCAGCCGACACUCCCGAGUUGUCGGGGACGGCGUGGACGGGGGCGAUGACGUAUUCGUUCAUCCAGGCCAUCGAGAGAGGGCACGGGACAACGUACGGGAGUUUGCUGAAUGCGAUGAGAUCGACGGUCGGAGAAUUCUUCAACAAAGAGAAAGGUAGGGAGCUCGUCGAAGAAGGCGACCUUCUCACCACUCUCCUCGGUUUACUCAUCUUGGGCGCCGCCCCUCCUGAUGAAUCCGUCCACCAAGCCCCCCAAAAGCCUCAGGAACCUCAGCUAAGUGCCAAUGAGCCAUUUGCUGUGUAUGGGAAACCUUUCUCAUUGUGACAGAUUUCCAUUGUUAAUCCCUAAAAAUAAGAUUUUUUCUUGUAUUGAAUUAAGUCUGGGAGUUGUAUUUUUUUAAAGGAAAAACUAUGUUUCCUAAUAUCAUGAGGUAGCGACACGUGGCCCAUUGAGUUUUUUAAAUAGAAGCUCCAGGCGUGAUGUCAUCCACGUGGCAGCCCAGCCCCUGUAAAUAUGACCGUUGUUCGGCUUUCUAGUUUUCUACUUGUGGGUUGCUCUUCUUUAUCCCCAUUGG